AUGUCGUCCCAAUCUUCCCACUACACCCCUGCCCGCCCCACCUCCUCCCGGCACCACGUCAAGAACCUCCUCCACGUCCUCCGGCGCGCCAACGCGCACUACUCCCAGCUCGCCGCGUCCAUUCGCGCCUCCCUCACGCCCACGCACCACGCACGCAAAAGGGCCCGGGCACUGCGCCUCCAGGUGUCCACCCAAGCCGCGCGCAAGCUCGAGUAUACGCAGGUGAGCGUCCUGCCCCUACCGGUGCUUGAGCUAGGAGAGGAGGGUGUUGAGGAAGUGGCGAUGAGGGAGGUGAGGGCGAAGGAGAGCAGGAUCGUCGCUCCGAUCCCGCGCCGCGCGACGGAGAUGGCGCUCAAACAGCUCGAGGAGGAACGCGCGAUCAGGCGCGCACAGCGCCCCGUCCUUCGAUGCGCGAUCCCCUCCGUACAGGUUCAGCCUGCUGCCCACGGCCAAGACGCGGCGUCGGGUGUCAGCGUCGCCUCGUCCGUCUCGGUCUACUCUACGGUCACCGUCGAGCUCACUCCCGCCUCUGCCCUCAACGCCAGCUACGCCGUCGAGGAACGUUCACGCUGGUCCUGCACGACGAUCGACCCACAAGACUCUCAGGAGGUGGUGAUGGCGAUGGUAAUGGACGACGAAGAGGAGAUGGACCAGAUGGAGAUCCCCGAGGUGUCGAUCGAGCACUCGCCCGUCGACUACAGCCCCUCGAUGAUGGACGACGUACCCGUCACCGCCGAGACUUCCAUCGACAUGCAAACCCAAGUUGGCGGCGCUCCCAGCCCCGCAGCCCGGCCCCGUAUGCCAAGGGCCAGACAGCACACCUACGCCCACACGCACACGCACGCGAUACCCGCCCUGCCCCCCACGCUGGACGUCCCCGUCGACGUCGCGCGCCUCAGCUGGGGCUCCGACAUCUUCUCCUCUUCCGCCUCCGCUGCGUUGUCCUCCGCCUCCGCCACCGACUCGAGUGGCCUCCUCACCCCGGAGGACAACGAGAAGCUCAUGAUCAGGAUCAAGCGCAAGUCUGGCGCCUUUGAGCAGGAAGCUGAAGAGGAGAUGCAGGUCGCCGUGGAGGAGAAGAGGCCUAAGUAUGGCCGUAAGGAGUGGGUGACGCCUGCGCGCCGCGUUUACCCUCGCCGGUUCUGA